AUGGACACACCUCCAGUUGAUACUGAUUUUGAAGAUGAUGAUGUGUAUGGCCAGUCAGUAGAAGAUGAUUAUUGCAUUUCUCCUUCAACAGCAGCUCAGUUUAUCUACUCCAGACGAGACAAACCAGCAACAUUUGCUGAGCCAUUGGAAGAAGAAUAUGGCUAUGAACGUAAAGAUGAUACUGCUGAUUAUUUCACAUCCAAUCAUCAGCUGACUGAAGUUGAUAGAGCCCGUCUUAAUUCAUGCCUUGAUCAAAUGAGAGAAGUUUUGGCAGAGUCUGUACCAGAGCAGACAAUGGUGCAAGCAGUACUGGAUAGUAAAUUUGAUGUACAGAAGGCUUUGGAUCUUGUGCUUUCACAAGGCAGUAAGAAAACUGUGAAGACUAAGAAUGAGGACACUGUGAUUGCGGGAAAGAAGACAAAAGAAAAUGUUGCCGACAACACCAACAAACCUGGGUUUGGAAACUUGGCAGCCAGAAGUGGUUCAGCUUGUUACUCUUUAAUUACAAAUGACAAAAUGCUUCUUAAUGCUGAAAAAUCCAAUAUACCUUCACCUGAAAAGAAAGGAUUGAAAUCCUCUUCACUUGUGCUGUCAUCUUCUUUCGGUGAUGAUUUGUGUAAAGGAUCAUUUUGUGAACCUGUGAAUAAACAGGCAGAGAAUCAACUACCAGAAAGUGUUAAUGCAUUAAGUUUGAUUUCUGACAGUGAAGAUGUUUACUUUAGCAUAGGAAGUAACGUAUCUGGAAAUUCUUCCUUUAAGAAGUUGGAAUGCAAGGAAACACAGGACUUGAAAACCUUGCUGAUGCAGAAUGUGGUUUGUGAUUCUCUGAGUCCGCUUGUUUCCUCAAAUACUUCUGAUUGUAAAAGCAAUGCAAGUUUUUACAGUCACUCAUGUUUAACAAGUACUUCAGGAAAAUUGGUUCUUGAUAAUGAAGCCAGUGAUACUGUAAAUAGAAAGAAUGAACUUGAAAAUUUUUCUUCAGUCGUGCAAAGUAGAAAACAAGAAAGCCCCUCUUCAGACAUGGCUGCUUUGCCAGUGUUAAGGUCUGGAAAUACAUCAUUGGCUGACUUACUUCGGGAGCACCAGGAAAGCAGUGCUAGUCACUGUUACUCUUUGGCUGACCUUUAUACCCAGUCAACAGCAAGUCUCACUGAUAGGAAAUUGGGAACCUCACCAUUAUCACAACUAGUAAGCCAACCCCAAACUUCAGGUGGGAUGCCAGAGCUAACAGGAUCUUUGUCUUCUCUAACCCUCUGUCAAUAUUCUCCACUAAAGGAGGUUGAGAAUUUGUCACUUUCAGAUUUAAUAGCAGAGACUAUUGAAUUAGAUAAAACUCAACAAAGGAUGGACUUCCCCAUGCUCAAUGUUACUGAAUUAAGGCCCUCUGAAAGAACCAACAUUGAUCUAAGUGUCCUUGUAAAAAAUGCAGAAGUAUCUGCAGAACAAAAUGUGGUAGGACAGUCAAAUAUCUUAAACCCUGAAAUUAAACUUCUAAAAGAAAACCAAGGAAAAUGUUCUGGCUUUGCCAAAACAAAUAAAAAACCUAAAAGAGUGCUUACUCCUAAGGGGCAGGAUUUGUCCCUUUCCUGGGUGAAGGCACUGCGUGCAAGACCUUCAGCUUUUGCUUUAACCUUGUGUCUCCGUUACCCUCCAAAAGGUUAUAAGCGGCGCACAAUUGGUGUACAUAAAGCUUUCCUAUAUAGUAGACAAGUACAAGAUGUAAAACCCAAGGAAACUGGUCCUAUAAUAGCCAUAACACCAUUUGACUUCAAAUCAGCAUCUCCUGAUGAUAUUGUGAAAGCUCACCAAAAAAGAGCUUUUACAAGAGAGUACUGA